AUGGAUCAGACAGCGAUCAGAGCCCCAGAAAUCACAGUUGGGACCCGAUAUUCGUUCCUUUACGCCGUGUACCUUCACGCCACGGCUGCAGCACUCAGAGCCUUAGUGUCCUACGUCAAUGGCCGCCACGAAGGAUUUGAUAAAGACUUAGAGAUCCCAACGCCGGGGCUUGGGUCCGGCAGAGUUAAAGUCUCUGUGUGUUUACCUUCUGGAUACAAAGACACGGCAAAAGACGAAAAUCCACUGCCUCUAGUAGUGGUCCUCGAAGGGGGAGGGUUCGUGCUGGGCCAGCCAAAAGACGGGAGGAAGAACGAUCGGUUAAUGGCAGACGAGACUGGGGCGGUGGUGAUCUCGGUGGAUUACGCAAAGUCGCCACGCUUCGAGUAUCCCCACGCUCUUCUGCAGAUCUGGGCCGUGUUGAAAUGGGCUCUCUCCAAGGACGCCACGAGUGAAGGACUCUUUGUUGAUCCAUCACGGGUUGCUGUGCUAGGGAACUCGGCUGGAGGGAAUCUCACAGCAGCACUAUCACUCUUGGUCUCUUUCACUUCGGGACCUUGUGCGCAGUUCAGAGAUGGCCUGCGAGCUCGCUUCAGGCAGGUUCUCCAAGUUUUAAUCUAUCCCAGUGUCCAGUUGCAAUCACCAUACUCGGAGCGCUGGUUGCAGGGCGAUACAGAAGUCCGGGAGAAAAGCCUGCCGAUAUGGGCCGCAGAAAUGAUGGAAGCGUCGUAUCUCCCACCGUACAUUGAUAAACACCAGAUUUUUGUGGCGCCUUUGACGGCGGAAGUUGAAUUACUGAAGCAGCUAAGACUUCCGCCAGCUCUAGUCAUAAAUGCAGGGAUGGAUUGUCUGAAAUAUGAAUCUCGUGCGUACGCAGAGAAGCUACAGCAAGCUGGCGUCAACGUAUCCGUCAGAGAGUAUCCGCAGGCCAUCCAUGGGUUUACGCAUUAUAAGGAGGGUGACAAGGACUACCGGAAGGAAGAUGUCGAAGGCAGCUGGCGAGAGAUCUGCAAUGCUCUGAAGGCCGCAUUUGAUACACCACCCACUCAAUUAAAUAGCCAUAUCUAG